GGGACUCCGAAGGGGAAGGCGAGAGGCGAGGAGAGGAUGAAGCUUCGGUGAACUCGGUGGCGAGUUCGACGAAUCGCGGGGAAGCAUAUCAACGACUGCCUCGCGCAUUCGAAAUAUAGAAUUCCGGGAAGUGGAUUGAGGCGCUCGGUUGAGUGUGGAGUGGUGCAGAAUUUGGCGUGCAGUAGGAAUCUUCCCCUUUCUCAUUGAUCUGAUCCUUCAUUAUCAUCUUCGUCCCUUUCUGUUUCUGUAUGUUGGCGCCGAGAGGGAAGGAGAGGAGAAGAGAGGAGAGUCUUGAUUCAGUUUUUCAGAACGCGAAGGGGAGGACGAGAGGAGCGGAAUUCUUUCCAUUGCGGCCUCUGAGUGUGAAGAAUCGUGAGCGUGAUUGAGCGUGUUAGAGAUGGAGAACGGUGGGAAUCGUCUGGCUUGGAGAGCAUCCGUGUUAGCCAAGCAUUUCUCGCAAAUUCCGCCAUCUCCUCAAAAUGCCUUGGCUGGUGUUCCGUGUCUGCAAUACGGCUCUCCCGAAGAAAAUUCUGGAAAACCUGCCUUUGACAUAACUGUAAUGCGGAAGCUUAUGGACGGUCACAGCGUCGAGGUUCGUGAUCAAUGUUUCGAGCUCAUGCGGAAAAACGAACUGUUCCACCUGAAAACGGGCGGAAGUACAACUUUUCUCGGUGUUGACUACGGUGCUCUCCUGCAUACACAAAGAGAAAUCACUAUGGAGAGGCUUAUGUACAUGAGGGACAGUGGAGUGUUCAAAGGCCUUCUCACGGUUAACACAAUGGAGCAAUACCUGACCACAUCGGCAGUGUUCGAAUGCAUGUCGUUGUUUGACCAUUCCCUUUCUAUCAAGGCCGGCGUCCAUUUUCACUUAUGGGGUGGAGCUGUCUUGUUUCUCGGAACAAAACGGCAUCAUGACAAAUGGUUGAAAGUUACUGAAGAAUUCGGUAUCCGUGGUUGUUUCGCAAUGACUGAACUGGGACACGGGAGCAAUGUUCGUGGUAUAGAAACAGUGACUACCUACGAUCCAACUACCCAAGAGUUUAUUAUAAAUACCCCUUGCGAAUCUGCUCAAAAGUACUGGAUUGGAGGAGCAGCUCAGCAUGCAACGCAUACCAUCGUGUUCUCUCAGCUCUAUAUUGGAGGAAAGAAUGAGGGUGUGCACGCUUUAAUUUGUCAAAUUCGAGACUCAAACGGCAAAAUCUGCCCUGGUGUGAGAAUAGCAGAUUGUGGUCUCAAAAUCGGUCUGAAUGGAGUGGACAAUGGACGUCUCUGGUUUGAUAAUGUACGUGUUCCUAGAGAAAAUUUGCUGAACUCUGUCGCCGACGUCACACCUGAAGGAAAGUACGUGAGUUCGAUCACCGAUCCUGAUCAGAGAUUCGGUGCGUUUAUGGCUCCCUUGACCACAGGUCGAGUAACUAUUGCAGUUGCCGCUGUCUAUCAAUCUAAGGUGGCACUUGCAACAGCUAUUCGAUAUGCUCUGUCGAGGCGUGCUUUUGCCAUGACACCGAAUCAGCCUGAGGUUUUACUUCUUGACUACCCCAGUCACCAGCAGCGGCUGCUAACUCUGCUUGCGAAAUCGUAUGCUAUGAGUCUCGCUGGUAACAAGUUGAAGAUGAUCUACGGGGCUAGGACACCAGCCGAUGCCAAGACUAUCCAUGUCCUCUCGAGUGGUCUGAAAGCGUUGCUCACGUGGCAUUUCAUGCGAACCGCACAGGAAUGUCGGGAGGCUUGCGGUGGUCAGGGUUUGAAGACUGAAAACAAAGUAGGGCAACUGAAGGGCGAGUAUGAUGUCCAGUUGACCUUUGAGGGUGAUAACAAUGUUUUGAUGCAGCAAGUCAGCAAGGCUUUACUGGCAGAUUACUUCUCAUCACUGAAGAGGAAGAAGCCUGUGAAAAGCGUGGGUCUGGAUCAUAUGAACGCCCCUAGGCCUAUCAUCCCUGCAAAGUUUACCAGUGACCUUCUUAGAAACUCGAAGUUCCAACUUGCCUUGUUCCAACUACGCGAGAGGGACCUGUUAGAACGGCUUGCGGAGGAUGUUACGCAAAGAGUAUCAAGAGGAGUAUCACCCGCAGAGGCUGCUAACCAGAGUUAUCAACUAGGAUGCAGAUUGGGUGAGGCUUUCAGUGAGAAGCAAGUUCUUGAAGCUCAUCUUGCCGCUGAAACUGAACAAACCGGUUCAAUCAAGGACGUGCUCGGCCUCCUGAGGAGUCUUUACGUACUCUCUGUGAUUGAUGAAUCACCAGUAUUUUUGAGGUAUGGAUUACUAACAUCCACACAGUCACAAAUUAUUCAUCAAGAGGUGGCCGCUUUGUGCGGUGAACUUAGACCACACGCUCUCGCCCUCGUUGACUCUCUUGGAAUUCCUCUGGACUUGUUGGGGCCUAUUGCCUCGGACUGGGUCGAGCACAAUUCGUAUAAGAAUGUGCUGGCGUAGUUUUAAAAACUAAGCCAGAAAAGGUCCUGUAUCCUAGUACAGAUUUCUUUUUGAAAUUCACCUUCGAGUGAGUUUCGAAGUCGAUUACUUCCUUGUAAAGCUUAUUAUACGUACAGAAAAUCUCAUUCAUCCUUCAUCGAUGUCGAUCUUAUUAGUUCCGUCCUGAAGACCUCACAACACCGCUCGCUGGCGUACCCUUUUCACUUGAAACAUAUCAGAAAAUCGAAGUGCUCGGGUGAGAGAUAAUACGGCUGGGAAGCGAUAGGAUCUAUGCAGAUACGUAGUUCUAUAACAAGCUGGUCAGAUAAAUAUUGAAUCAGCGCAGAGUGAGGGUAGCUUUUAGUCCGUGAAUUUUUCAUUGUACACUUUUGCGUAUGAAAGUUGUUCCUCUGUCGGAACUAGCCAACUUUGUCGACCUGAGAAAUGACCAAUUUUGUUUCAGCCAU